UGGCUCUUGUGAGACGGUUUUCUGCUUUCCCGUUCCUUCCUCCUCUGACCUCUCUACCCUCUUCCUAGCGGCGACGACAAGGCGAGCAGCCACCGCACCUUGGUCUUUUGUCCGGCGAGCACCUGGGCCUUCGUCGGACGCCGGCGACGAACAUCCGACGUCUAAAAGGUCAUGGCAGAGACCAUAGAUUUAUCAGGGGAUGGAGGUGUUCUAAAGACGGUGGUCCGUAAAGCAAAGGAUGAUGCUAUUGCGCCAUCUGAUAGCCUGCCCUUGGUUGAUGUUCAUUACGAAGGCACACUUGCUGAGAAUGGUGAAGUUUUUGACACCACCCAUGAAGACAACUCUAUUUUCUCAUUUGAAGUUGGACAGGGGGCUGUCAUCAAAGCAUGGGAUAUAGCCUUAAGAACUAUGAAGGUUGGUGAAGUUGCAAAAAUUACAUGCAAGCCAGAAUAUGCAUAUGGAACUGCGGGCUCACCACCGGAGAUACCUCCUAACGCAACCCUCAUUUUUGAGGUGGAGUUAGUAGCUUGCAGGCCGAGGAAAGGUUCAAGUGUGGGCAGUGUAUCUGAUGAGAAAGCCAGGCUUGAGGAACUUAAGAAGCAGCGAGAGCUUGCUGCUGCUACCAAAGAGGAAGAGAAAAAGAAGAGGGAGGAAGCAAAAGCUGCUGCAGCAGCUCGGGUGCAAGCAAAGCUUGACGCGAAGAAGGGGAAGGGAAAAGGGAAAGGGAAAUAGAUUGCAACAUUGCUGCUGACUGUUGUAACCUAGAAAAUAAUCUGGGUGCAUCCAAGUCAGGCUUGGUCACUUACUGUGCUUAAUGUGCGCUGCACCCUUGCUUCUAUCUCGCACUGUUAUACUGAAAAGAGCAAAAUAAGUAGAGAAAUGUUUGGUAUAUGCGCAGAUCACCAAUCUUGAUAUCACUGCUGAUUUGGGACAGCACGUCCAUGUCUGAUAUACUAGCAACAAGUUCAUGUCUGAUAUACUAGCAACAAGUUCAUGUC